AUGGCCGCUGGCCAUACCCGAAACUCAGAUUCCUGGAGGGAGCCGCCCCGCGGAAUCCGCCGUUCGUCGGCGUGCCCGCGGGGUCCGGACCCUUCACCCGAGGGCCAUAUGCCACAGCCUGACAGCGCCCGCAAGGGCGGCCUGGACGGAACACCUGUGUGCGGACUGGCGCUGAGGGGCUUAGUGGGGGCAAUUGGAUGGUCGUCUACGUCCUCCCGGUACGCCGGGGGUGCCGCAGCGACCGGGCGCCUCGUGCGCCCCUUCCACUUAACUACAUUCUACCCCCUCGGGGGUCUGGGCUACCGGAUGCCUCUUGCCCUCACCGGCGAGCAGGCACCCGGGACACCUUGCCAAUGA